AGCAUGCUGCGCCGUAACGUUGGAUGGGCGCCAUCUGUAAUAUUCGGUUUUUUGUGUAAACCGGCAUCGAACUGGUUGCAAGCACUCGGGCUGGUUUUUUAUUAACCCUGGUUCUAAUUUUACACCCUAGUUACUUUUGUCGUAUUCAUUUCUAGGUAUAGGGUUUCAUUAUGAAUUUAAUUCCCGAUAUGAUAUCGGGAAGAUAUCAAAUUCGUCAAUUUGUUCGGAUUUUUUUUAUUGUUUUGCUGAAGCUCGGUAAUAUAUUCUUAUUUGUGAAUGUUGUCCAUCGAAACCCUUCUUCCGGUGGUUCUGUUGUGCAGAUUUACUCUUCAGUUUCUUUAGUAAUACUCAUAAAGACAAGAAAACCAGUAUGGGCAAGAAAAGAACUCGAUCCAGCGGGCUCGGUGGAAUGGUUUCAACGCGGUUUAGUUUUUGGGUACUUGAUGUUAUCCGGGACCGUUUGUCGUUGGCAAAUAUUUGUGCUUUGCGGCUGUCCAGUAUUGGACAUUUGGUCGACAUGGCUGACUUACAAUUUCAGGGUCAACUGUAUAUUGCAAUGUGUCGCAUGCUUCGGAAUCCCUCAAAUCCAGGAUGCUUGACUUACAAUAUCGGUCAUAGUUUGGUAGACUUUGGUCCUGGUGAUCAUGCACUCGUUAGUGGGCUGAAAAUGACAGGUAGUAAGCAACUACCGGCUAGUUCUCAGUUUCAUGCCACUGUAUUUAAAGGUGUUAAAAAAUUGAGCUUCUCUGACAUACAAAAACGAUUUCUAAAGGAAUGUGAUAGAAGUCGCGGUAAUUCUGAAUUAUGCUUGAGGUUGGCUUUGUUGUGUAUUUUAUAUGGUGUGGUUAUGGCUAAGGAUAGAUCCACAAGGUGUUUAGACUUAGGUUACAUGCACCUGAUGGAUGAUAUGGAUAAGUUCAAUGAAUAUCGUUGGGGCCGUGUUACCUAUGAUGAACUUUUGUUGCGUACAUUUAGUGCAAAAGCUUGUAUCAAUGGUUAUGAAGGUAAAGAUUCAAAGCUUCGAAUAGAGGCUCGUGGUUUUGUUUUUGUUCUACAGGCAUGGGCUUAUGAGGUUAUUCCCGAACUUGCAUCAUUUUGUGCGAAAUCUGUAGUCAAUAGACGUCCCUGCUGUGCCAGAAUUUUACGUUGGACGAGCGAGCCUUACUAUGAAUUUGAUGACCUAUUUCUGUUUUUCAAUCGUUCAAGUCCAUAUAAGCUGGUAAUUAAUUUUGUUAUUGUGUUUUGUGUUUCAGUUUAAUCUUUUUUUUGUCAUCGUAAAUUGAUUAGCAUUUGUAUUGUCUGUUUUAUUUGAUAAUUAUUUAAUGCCUGUUGUGGAACCACAACAGGGGUCUGUUGUGGCAUCGGCAGAGGAGCUCUGUAUGCUUAAUAAAUUAGGAAUGCCAAAUACCACGUCAUUUGCGGUAACCUCACCUCAAUUGAAUGAGAGUUUGAAUAAGCUUUUCCCAAGUAGUCCAACCGAUGUGCAUUGUGAAACUGGAAAUAGUCGUCGUGGUUGUGAAAAGUCUGUUAAAUCACCGAGAAGGUGUUCGGAUAGAAUUCGUUCCCAAGGUAAGGUUAUGCAUUGUAAUAAGAUUGCUGGAAAAACAGUUAGGGAUAAGGAUUCAAUGUGCAAGAUCGUUGAAUCUGAUGCAUUGGAGAAAGAUCUGACGACAAAUAAUUUUGUUUCCAAAGGAGCUCCUAGUUUGGAACUUAAAUUUAUGCUGAAUGUAGUAAUGGAGUCUGUGAAGAGUUUGGAGGUCAAAUUUGAAACCAGAUUUUGUGCUCUCGAAGAGCGUUUAAAACAGACUGAAUUAGUUCUAGCUGAAUUACGGGAGGCUAAAAUUUGUUGUCGUAAUUCUUUGGGUGUAAAACCCCCAACUUUAAGCAGUCCUGUAAACGUUGGGUUUGAAGAUUCUGGGAAAGUUGAUUUACCAUCGUUUAGUUGUAAAAUUUCACAUGAAGAACCAAGUUCGCAUUUGUCACCUGUCUGCGAAGAGUUACCUAGGUCAAUUUAUAGUGAGAUUUUUUCUGCUCACAGUAGUCAAAGGACCAGAAGCCGAGAGGCUAAAAUACAAAAGUCAUUGAUCUGCUCUGAUGUAAGCGGACCUCGUCUCUCGACUCAGAAGCUUUGUGCAGCCAGUGGUGGGUUUGGUUGGAUGUUUGGUGAACUUGCUGACAGUGAGACUGUGGUUUGGAAUGCAUUUUUACGCUGGCAAGCAACUGCAAAGAAGAAUAGACUAAAAAAUACGUCCGAAGAGCUACGGCUACCCUCAGAAAUACUGAAGUAUGCUGAUCGUGAAUGGUUUGAUGAUAUUAAAAAUGGACAAAAAUGGUUACGGACUGAUCAUGUCGAAGCUCUUUUAUAUCUUGUUUCUUCAGUAUAUGAAGAAAAUGGCGGUUUUCAAUCCAAAUUGGAAUGGACUUUUUUGGAGAUGUUUGUAGCGGAUAGUCUAAAGUCUCCUGAUGUCGAAAGUAUCCGUAAAUAUAUUGCAUCGUUUAUCAGUGGUACCAAACCUCUGAAACGGACUGUUGCAUGGACUACCAAGACUCGUGUUUACAGCGUUUUGAAUGUUUGCGGUAAUCAUUGGGUUUUGUUUGAGAUAAAUAUGCGUGAACAAGAAAUAAUUGUUUACGACUCGUUGCCCAUGAGAUGGUCGAUUGUCUCUAAGGAAUUUCUUAAUAUGUCGAUUACUUUGCCUAUAAUCUGUCGUGAUGCCAAUUUGCUGGAGGACUUGCCCUACAAGUCUGCUUGGGAUAUUGCUCCAUACCGUGAAUCUCCACGACAUGCAAACAAUUCUGACUGUGGCAUUAUGGCGAUUAAGUAUUUGGAAUGCUCUCAGCAAUAUAAUUUGAAGCACCUUUCUUCUAUAUUGAUAUUAUCUACGUUAUUCAUGGCACCGCGACUGAAAUGCCAUUGGAUUUAG